AUGGCCAAUGCACAAAAGAUUGCUAAUAUAUUUGACCUUGCCUCUACCGCCUUUGGAAAAUUGGCUGAACUCACUUUGGAUUUAAAAAUAUUCCAAGCACAGGCGGAACAAACUCAUUCUACUAGUAGCAGGUGGACAAUUAUUGAAAUGGAACAGCUGAAAGAAGCCAUUGCGCGUUUUGGCAAUGACCUUGCUAAGAUUGCUAGCGUCAUAGAAACCAAAACCUUAACUCAGAUUAAACACAAGCUGAAGAGCCAAGCACUUGAUGGUCCAGGAACUGGACCCCCUGAAGUAGAAAAUGAAGAAGAAAAAGAAGUUGCAGAAGAAUCAGGGGAAGAUGAAAUGGGUCACGUUCAGGAACUAGCCCCAGUUUCCACGGUUUCUGUUGAUCGUGGUCGGCGAAAACAAACAUUUUCCGAACGCAGUGAACAAUCAUUUCCCGACUCAAAGAAACGUCGUAUUGAGGACAUAGCCCCAUCGCCGGUGACAACAAUACCCAAGUUAGGAGCACCUCUUAUCACAAGGCAAGUCAUGCCUGUUGGAGCAGCACAAAGACUCCCCACACCAGCUCAAUCCUCUACAGUUAGCCAGCCGCGAAUCAUUUCCGCACCUGUGGGACCCAAGGUUGUUACUCAUGCACAAAUGCGGAAACAACCGAUGUUAACACAAGAAUCAAAAUAUGAGGAAUAUUCUGACGAUGAAGGCGAUGACCGCUAUGAUGAUGACGACGACGAUGAUGACGAAUCCGACGCGCUAUACUAUUCCGAUGAUGAAGGUGCUGAUAACGAACGGCCAAAGAAAUUAUAA